GGGAGCGGCAGGCGGACCCGACGCCGCAGGACCGGGAAGGGAUGUUGCGGGUGUUGAGUUCCUGCAGGAGGGGCCUUGCGGGGGGAGGGGAGGCUCAGGGGCACCGCCAGCCGCAGAACUCAGGCUCUGCCCUCCCCCUUCGUGCUUUCUCCCCCUUUCCAGAUGUGCCGGGACGGGAGGCAGGGCAGGGACUGGGCAUCUGUGACACCUGCAUUUCCCUGGAGCCCUCCUUCUCCCCCCACCCCAUAUGUUUAUCCCGUCUUCCAGAGGUUCCUUUUCAUCGGGCUAUCCCUUCUCGCUUGGGAGAAGUAACUCUACCUGGGAGCAGAAGACGGGUUUCAGACCUUGGCCCUGCCACGCCUUUGUGAAAGUCCCCGAACCUCAGUUUCCACCACAGUAUUUAUUGCCUUGCUUCACCUGGUUUUAAAGAUCAGUAUGAAACAGUGAAAUGGAAAGGAAAUGGACAUUGUUGAGUUCCUGCAAGGCCGAGUACUAUGCAAAACUGCUUUCUCUGUCACAUUUUGGUCCUCAUUAUUUGGCAUUCUUUCACGGAUCCGUAAGCUCCCAAAGGUUAACUGAUUUUCCUCACAUAGCCAGCUCUCGGUGGAGGCCCGGACCCCUCUCCUCUCCAUGGGCAGCUGCCAGGCAGGGCACAACCUGCAUCUCUGUCUGGCCCACCACCCACCUCUGGUCUGUGCCACUUUGAUCCUGCUGCUUCUUGGCCUUUCAGGCCUGGGCCUUGGCAGCUUCCUCCUCACCCACAGGACUGGCUUGCGCAGCCCUGACAUCCCUCAGGACUGGGUCUCUUUCUUGAGAUCUUUUGGCCAGCUGACCCUGUGCCCGGUGAAUGGAACAGUCACAGGGAAGUGGCGUGGGCCUCAAGUCGUGGGCUUACUGACCACCUUGAACUUCGGAGAUGGUCCAGACAGGAACAAGACACAGACAUUCCAAGCCACGGUCCAGGCUAGUCAGAUGGGAUUGAAAGGUGAGAUCAAGGAGGACUGUGGGUUGGGUGUCAGAACACUUAGGGAUGGGUUCUGUCUCUGACCUCCCCAGCCUGGUUACCUUGGGCAUAUCCCAAGACCUUAGUCACUUCUGCUGUAGUAAGGACUAGAUACUUUCAGUGAACACAGUGACACUAUGUGGGUUC